AUGGACAUAGAGUCGCACCCGAUUGAGAUCGAUGAGAGUGGAGUGGUGGCACUGCCGCUGUCUGCGGCGGGGCGCGACGGAGGAGGCGGGGAGCGGACGGACGAGCAAGAUGCGAUGCUUGGAGAGUAUCUGUCGGUGGAAGUCCUGAGGGAGGGAGAGUCGCCAGCCAAGCGGUACAGUCUACGGACGGGACACCUGGUGGCCCACAUCAAGGAGUUCGUCGCGAAAGAUCUCGGGAUACCAAUGGAGAAGCAGGUGCUCAUGUACCAAGGAGCUCCGAUGAUCGACCCGCUGUCGCUCGUGGACUACCCGGGCUUCAAGCCCGGCGCGACCGUGCAGGUCACGCUGCGGACGUGCCCUGUGGCGCCGCGCGUCGCGCGGCCGGGCCAGCGCUUCCUGUCGGCGCAGAUACACAUCAACGUGGCUGUUCGGCGCCGGAAUAGCGCGGCCCACGCCGUCGCGAGAGCCGUGGCGGACACGGAGGGUGAUGGCACGGGCCGCAAGCUUCCUGCGACCAAGGGGCAGGUGUCGAGGAUGACGAGAAAGGAGCUGGUGGACGCUGCGAAGUACAUGAUAUCGCAGCGGGGCGCGGACCCGCGCGUCGACGCCCAGGGCGUCGUGCAUUGCCUGCUCGAGCUGUCGGCACGGGCUGCGGGGAAGACCACGGCGCGACGGCGCCGUCCGGACCAGGCGAAGGUGGUUGGGAGGCUCGCGGACAUCUACCUCGAGGAGGUCGAGGAGGGCAACGCGAAUGUGCGGCCGAAAGACCUCUGCCGCGUGCUUGCGAGCGCGUGGCAACUCGGGCAACCCGUGCACCCAGAGCGCCUCGCUGCGGCGGACGAGGCGGUCGCGCGCUUCCUGGCGCGCGACGGCGUGGCUGCACUUGGUGUCGCGAACGUCGCGCGCGCCGUCACGGCGCUCCACGGCCUCGGCCACACUCCAGAUGCCGCGCUGGCCGCGCUCGAGGCCUGCGCCCGCACCGACCCGGCCGUGCUCGCGGGCCUCCUCCCGAACACCGCCACCGGCGUCCUCGCCACCUUCACACCCCCGAGACCCCCCCCACACUCCAGCGCAUCCACAGCGGCGUGCCCGUACCCGGCCGUGUACGCGGCCGCCGAGCUCGCGCUGCUGUCGGACCCCCGCACCUUCGCGCAGUCCCGGCCCCACACCGUGGCGCUCUUCCUGAGUCAGGCCAGGCGCCUGCGCCGCGCACCCAACAGCAAGGUCCUAGACCUCGCUGCGGACACAGUGGAGCGCCGCGUGCGCGAGUUCGCGGUCCCGGACCUCCUCUCGUGCCUGCGCGACCUCCGGCUCCUCUCGGACAGGCAAUACCUGUCGCUCGCGAACGAGGCCGCGGCGUGGCUCAUGGAGCGCCACGGGCCGUCCGCGCGACCGCAACGGGCACACAGCGCUCCCGGCAACGCAACCCCCGCGGACGAGAGAGAGAGGGGCACCGGGCCCCCGUUUUCCGAGAUGUGCGACGCGGUCGCGACCUUCGCGGCGCUCGACGUGGACCCCGGAAAGCUCCUCGACGUCGCGGCUGCGCGCGCCGCGGAGCACUGGCGACGGCACGCCCAGGUGGAUGAUCCCGCCAGUGCGGCGCAGGGGGACUCUCAACACCCCCCCUCGCCGGGCGCUGUCGGGCGCGCGGCGCCGCUAGACGCCGCAGAGGAUCAGCGCAACGCGCUGGAGCUCAUGAGCGGGUUCGCGGGCCUGCGGUUCAGCCCUGGGAGGGGGGUGUUGGUUCUCGCUGAGUCAGCGCUGCUGUCAGGUCCCGCGCUGACGCCGCACGUGGCGGCGCAGGCGCUCUUCGCAUUCGCGGUGCUGCUCGAGCAGUCCGGCGGGAUGGUGCCGCGGGCGCUGCUUGCGGCCUGCGAGGAUGCAAUGGCGCAGCCAGGCGCACUGCAACGGUGCGGGACCAGGGACCUGGCGCGGAUGCUCUGGGCGUUCGCGCGGCUCGGCGUGCGGCCACGGACGCUGAUGGACGACGUCGCGAAGCAGCUCGGCAAGUCUGCGCAGGCCGUCGCGAAGGGCAGCGCGGCGCCCGAGGACCACUCCGAGGCGCUGUCGCGGCAGCCCGCAGCGCUGCAUAUCGGCAGCUUCGACGCAACCGGCGUCUCGAUGCUUCUGUGGGCGUUUGCCUCCCUCGACUACUCCUGGGGGUAUCUCGGGAGGCCUCUGCUGCAGGUCGCGUGCCUGCGCCUCCUCCAAGAGCUGCCCCCGCGCGGCCCGGGCCUGAGCCCGCGCGUCGUCUCCAACGCCCUCUGGGCCUUCGCCCGCCUCGGAAUGCACCCCGGGAGUCAUUUCAUCGAAGCCAUGAGUCAGGAGACCGCCCGACAGAUCCGGCUCUUCGGUGCCCGCAGCAUCGCGAUGAUCGUGUGGUCGCUCGCGUCGCUCUCGUGCCCGCCCGCGCAGCCCGGCGUCCUCGACCAGAUCCUGACCGGCAUCGCGUUCCAGCGGAGCGGGCUGCAGCCGCGGAGCGCCGCGGUGAUCGCGGCGUCGCUCGGGAACCUCGGCAUCGAGCACCGGCCGCUCAGCGAGAUGAGCCGACGCAUGCUGGCGGACGAGCGCGUGCGGAUCGAGCCCGAGGUCCUCGCGAUGAUGGCGUACUCCCUCGGGAAGUUCCGCCACGAGGGGCCGUCGGCGGAGCCCACUGCCAGGGCCAUCUGCCGGCGCGCGCGCGCCCUCGUCGACAGCCUGUCGGCGCGGCACUGCGCCAACGUCAUGUGGGCGCUCGCGCGCCUCGAGUGCUACGACGCCGAGACCAUGCAGCCCCUGAGCGACAGGAUGCAACAAGAGCUAAUCGCGGACAUGACGCUGCGCCCAGACGACGACGACGACGAGGUCGCGGAGCAGCCGCCUGCCGCGAAACCGGAAGACGGGACGCGGGGGGGCGGGCACGGGGAGCGGGACUCCCCCUCGGGGGGUUUUGUUGCGGCCGCAGCUGACAGCGGGGGCGGCGAUGAGGUGCACGACCUGUCAGACGCGGAACUCGCCGGGUGGGGCGUCGAGGGCCUCCCGGCCGCGCUUUUGUGGAACGACGGCGCGCACCCGGCGCUCGACAACGCGGACGUGCUCGCGAGCGACCUGCGCGUUGCGAGCGGCGGUGAUGCGUCUCGGGCGCCCGGGCUGUUGCCGGCGCAGCUGGCGGCGAGCGCGCUGUGGUCGAUGGCGCUCCUGGGCCACCGUCCGCCGCGCGCGCUGCUCGGCGCGAUCGCGGUGGCGCUGCGCGGGGAGGACGGUGCGCUGACGCCAUCGGAGCUGUGCAUGGCGCUCUGGGGGCUCGCGACGCUUGGGUUUCGCGACGAGGACCUCGCGCAUGCGGAGAGGGCCGUGCGCGCGGGGAGCCACCGGCGGCCGCUCGUCGACUGCCUGAUCGCCCGGCUCGAAGAGGAGAUGCGUGCGUUCGCAGGGUACCGUCUGACGGCGCGAGAGGUGGCGCAGGUGACGUGGGCGCUCGCGUGGUUCAGCCGCCUCGCCUCCCGCCUCGCCGUCGCGGCCUCCCCGCUCGCCUCGGGCCUCCCCGCCACCGCCCUGGCCGGGGAGAUCCUCCCCGUUGCCGACGCGUGGCUGUCGCUGCCGACGCUCGAAAGCGCAACGAUGCUCCGGCAGGUGCUCGUCGCGGAGACGCUGUGGCGGACGGCGGCCGCGAGCGCCGGGCGCGGCGGGACGGCGCCGCCCGUGCAGCUCGGGGCGGGCCUGCGUCAGCGCGCGCACAUGGUUCCAGACUCCCCCCACCCGCGGGGGGUCCGGGCCGGGGCGGCGGGCGGGCCGAUGGGGGCGUGCGCGCCGCUGGCGGCGCGGCUGGAGCGCGGGCCGGCGUCGUUCAUCCUCCGCCGGCUCGCGGUCGGGGGGGAGGUGUUGUGGAUCGACCAGGGGGGGGGUGUCUCCGUGGGGGACUUCGCGGCGCAGCGCGGGGUCGCGCUGAUGCCCGUCACGCCCUCGGACCUCGCGCGCGGCGCAGGGCCGCCGGGGCUCCUCGGGCUCGCGGCAGCACGUGAGCGGAUCCUGCGCUUGCGCGGGGCAACAGUUGUGCUGGUGCUGGCCACGGCGGGCGGCGCGGACGGGCUGGCGGUGGGCGCGGAGGGCUGGCUGGGGCGGCCCACGCUGCGGGUGCCCGGCGCGGGUCUGCUGCUCGUCGCGGGCCCCGGCGAGCAAGAUGUGCUGCACUCGUGUGCCGCUGCGCUCGACGCGUGA